AUGAGUAGACGGAGAUUCGAUAACAUACUUUCCAACUUACACAUAAAUGAUAAUGCUAAAAUUCCCGUAAAUAAUAAAGACAAACUCUAUAAAUUGAAACCAAUGAUUGAUUCUUUGAAUGAGACUUUCAAUGCUUUCUCGAAAGGAACCAGACAUAUUACCAUAGAUGAAUCCAUGAUAGCCUUCAAAGAUAGAAGUUCUAUAAAACAGUAUAACCCAAUGAGGCCAAUCAAACGUGGGUAUAAAAUUUGGUGUUGUGAUGACCAAAAAGGUUAUAUUUUACAUUUCGACAUACACCAAGGGAAGGAAGGUAAUGACAAUGAACCUGAAUUGACUGACUGGGGAUUGGGAGAAAAAGUUGUCUUGGAACUUUUGAAGAAUUAUUUGGGGACCAACCGCAUUAUUGUGUUCGACAAAUUUUUCACUUCCGUGCCUCUUUUAGAGAAGUUGAAAGUUGAAAAAACUUAUGCGUGGGGAACGAUUAGAUGUAAUAGAAAAGGAACUCCGAAAAACCUAACCAACGACAAGAAUCUGAAGCGUGGAGAAUUUGACUACCGAUUCAGUACAGCAGAAAUUGGAUUCUUCAGAUGGCGCGACAACAGAGUUGUCAACCUGGCAAGUAAUUUUCAUGGAAAUGAAACAACCGUAGUAAAAAGGAAGCAAAAAGAUGGAACCUCAAUAGAAAUACCAUGUCCCACCAUCGUGGCCGAUUACAACAAAUAUAUGGGCGGAGUUGACAAAGCUCAUAGACGUUGCAUUUGUAACUGCAUAUGUGUCAUUUUGUAG